AUGUAUAACAUCCGUCUGCGAGAAGAGAACAACGAUGCACACACCGAGAAAGAGAUGUUGAAAUUCGGAAAGAGGACAUCAUUGAAGCGUUUAAAUAGAAGCUCUCUUCCAUCUGCGCAGGAUGUCAUUACAAGAAUCGAAGCAGGGCUGGGCAUUGCAGUAGACGAUAAGUUUUACGGCAAUGGAUUGGUCCCAGAGUAUCAGCGAUUACUUGCCGAGAAGGGAUCGACAGAGCUUAUUCAGCUCCUGGAAUCCGCCCUACUUUCGCGCCAGACGCGCCGAAAGAACAUUCGAAAUCGCGUCAAGCAAGGAUAUUUGAAGAAGCUCAAGGAGGAGAACAAAAGAAGCCUGAAACUAGCAGAGCAUAACCAACAGGGAACUACCAACAGAGGCAGAUUUUCGAACGACUUGAAAGAAGCUCAGCACUCAGACAUCAACCUGAUCUCAAAUAACACAGCGUUUCUUGAUAAUACCGACAGCGAAGCGAGUGAUGAUGAUCUGGAGGCGGCUCCACUCCCCGAUGACCUUGCCAGAGAGGGUCCUCGCCUAGAACCCGAUGAAUGGAUCGGACUACCCGACAAAGCUGUCGUGCAACCCGAUCAGGGAGCAGCCUAUUUCCAAUGGAUCAGAAGGGAAAGUGAAGCAGAGGAUAGAAGAUCGAGAGAUCCGACAUGCACUCAGAGCGAUAAGAGCAAGACCAGAACUCGGGAUGCACUCGAUAGCCAUCUCAAGACCUCGUUCCACGACCGAGAGUCGCAACUGAAGCGCGCCGUUGUUGCUGAGGCGGGAACUGAGAUCAAUUGUUCUUGUUGUGGAGAUGAAAUGCGUAAAAAUAUGGUGCUAUCGCACAUCAUGGAAGAGCACGGAGCAUUGCUUUAUUUUACGGCCAAGUAG